CUCUGCCAUUUGAGCUGGAAGUCUUCUCAUUUUGUAUCCCACGAGAUAGAUGGGAUAAGGAAUUUUACCAAUUGCAAGGCGAUUAAUUUUUCUGUAAUUUUGAUUGAGAGGGGCAUUCAAUUUUAUUUUUAUUUUUUAUUUUUGGGUUUUUUACAUAAUAAUUCAAUCUUGGAAAUAAGUAAUCGGAGAUGGGUUCCUCCCAAGGUUCUACCCUGUCCACAAAAGUGGCAGGCUUUGUUGAUGGAACAUCUGCGCGUGAAAGGGUUUCUUACCUAGACCAUCUGCCUGUGUACGUGAAGGAGCUGAUAGCUGGAGGAGCUGCCGGUGCAUUUGCUAAAACAGCUGUUGCUCCGUUGGAACGGACUAAGAUACUCUUACAGACAAGGACGGCCGGAUUUCAUUCUCUUGGCAUUUAUCAUACUCUAAAGAAGCUAUUGAAACAUGAAGGUGUUAAGGGAUUCUAUAAAGGGAAUGGAGCCAGUGUUCUUCGAAUCGUUCCAUACGCAGCAUUACAUUUCAUGACCUAUGAACAGUACCGAAGUUGGAUUCUUGAUAACUAUUCUGCCAUUGGAACGGGGCCAAUCGUAGAUCUUUUAGCUGGUUCAGCUGCCGGGGGAACUGCGGUUUUGUGUACUUAUCCUCUGGAUUUGGCACGAACUAAACUUGCCUAUCAGGUUGUAGAUAAGAGGCAAAAUUUGUCCGCGCAUAUGUACCCACGGCCUGCUUACACUGGGAUAAGAAAUGUGAUAGAGAGUGUCUACAAGCAAGGAGGAGUUCGUGCUCUUUAUCGGGGUGUAGGCCCAACGCUGAUUGGUAUCCUGCCCUAUGCUGGCUUGAAGUUUUACAUCUACGAGGAACUGAAAAUGCGUGUCCCUGAAGAGCAUCAAACAUCCAUUUUGAUGCGCCUAUCUUGUGGAGCCAUGGCUGGUUUAUUUGGACAAACUUUUACAUAUCCGUUAGACGUAGUCAGGAGACAAAUGCAGGUUGAGCAUCACCCUACAUCACAAUUGGGUGCACAAUACAAGAGCACAUGGGAUGGGCUAGUAACAAUUGCUCGUGAUCAAGGUUGGAGACAGUUAUUCGCUGGUCUCAGCAUUAACUAUAUUAAGAUUGUUCCUUCAGUGGCAAUAGGCUUCACAGCAUAUGACAUGAUGAAGACCUGGCUUCAUAUACCUCCUCGACAAAAGUCAAAAUCAAUCUCCACAGCAUAG